GCCAAGGCAGCCGCUACUGGGAGCGCGGAGCCGCGGCGCCUAGGCUGUGCCAGUCCCGGACCCGCUGCCCCGGACCAGGCCCAGCUCCCACCCGGCAACCCGGCGGUCGGUCCCGGGCCGGCGGCCCCCGUCAGCGGCCGCCGUCGCUGCCGGCCCCGCCCCCGGGCACCAUGCUGCCCUCGCAGGAGGCCUCCAAGCUCUAUCACGAGCACUACAUGCGGAAUUCGCGGGCCAUCGGCGUGCUAUGGGCCAUCUUCACCAUCUGCUUCGCCAUCAUCAACGUGGUGGUCUUCAUCCAGCCCUACUGGGUGGGCGACAGCGUGAGCACCCCCAAGCCUGGCUACUUCGGCCUCUUCCACUACUGUGUGGGCAGCGGGCUGGCGGGCCGCGAGCUCACCUGCCGCGGCUCCUUCACCGACUUCAGCACCAUCCCGUCCGGCGCUUUCAAGGCGGCCGCCUUCUUCGUGCUGCUCUCCAUGGUGCUGAUCCUCGGCUGCAUCACCUGCUUUGCGCUUUUCUUCUUCUGCAACACCGCCACGGUCUACAAGAUCUGCGCCUGGAUGCAGCUCUUGGCAGCUCUGUGCCUCGUGCUGGGCUGCAUGAUCUUCCCCGACGGCUGGGACUCCGAAACCAUCCGGGACAUGUGCGGGGCCAAGACCGGGAAGUACUCCCUGGGGGACUGUUCAGUGCGCUGGGCGUACAUCCUGGCCAUCAUCGGCAUCCUCAACGCCCUUAUCCUCUCCUUUCUCGCCUUCGUGCUGGGCAACCGGCAAACAGACCUGCUUCAGGAAGAGCUCAAGCAAGACAACAAAGAUUUUGUGGGCUCUACAGUAAGCUCUGUGUUGCGGCCAGGGGGUGAUGUCUCUGGCUGGGGAGUCCUCCCCUGUCCCAUCGCUCAUUCACAGGGACCCUGAAGGCCAGGAUCACAGCCCAGGAAUUGACCUGCCCUCAGUGUAUCCCAUCUCGUGCCCUCUCAUCCCUCCAAUCAAGCUCCAAGGGAAGACCUCAGUCGGACUGACUUCUCACCUGCUACCCAGCCGCCAGCUCCAGGCUUUGAAGAGAGGUUGGGGUUGGGUGUGGCCUGGGGGAGGGGAGAGGCCCUGCAGACUCCAGAAGGGCCUGAUUCUGCCCCUCCCUCAACUGACCUAAGGGAGCCAGAUGUCCCUUGGGUGUUUCCUCUUCUCUCCAGCUUGGCCUGGGGGGCCCUGCAGAGUCUCCAGGGGAAGAAGGGACUGUGAUUCUGGUUCCCCUGGCUUCCUCAGUUUGGGGGCUGCUGCCUAGCUGUAUCCUGGCCUCCUCUGGUCCCUGCCUCCUGCAGAAACUUAUUCAAGACACUGCCCAGGGCGACCGGACUCUAUCCUACCUUUUUUUUUUUUUUUUUUGCCAAUGAUGGGUUCCAUCAAGUCUUCGCAGAGUUCCAGGUGCCACCAGCCUCCCCAGGGCCGCUCUGUCCCUGCUCCAGCCUGCUCCCAGGUCUCCCAAAGGACUCUGAGCUGCACCAAGGGAGAAAGCACAGGGCCUCCCUGUCAACUGCUAACUGGGGUCCUGUUCUGCCCAGAGUCUGAGAAAAGAGACAGGCUCUGAGGCUGUGAGAGGAGGCGCUCUAACUCUGGGCCGCUGGGGCUGGGAGGUCUCUGGCUAGGGCUGGCCUGGCCCCUCUGCUGGGAUGUCUCAACCCUGACUGGACCCUUGACCCCAGCCUGUUUUGUACAGCACAGACUCCUUGGCCCUGUUGUCAGGGUUGGAGGUUGGGGAGGGUGCCAAAGAGUGGGGAGUUAGGGGAUGCAUCACCCCUCUGCCCCUUCUCAUGCCGCCUGACCCUGGGCAUCUGCCAAGGGCAGAGACUGUCUUGCCUCUUUGAUACUUUUCUGCAUAACUUGAACUUGCAGGUCACCUCUAAACAGGGUACCCCCUGUCCCCAUACCCAGGCCUUGUAAUCCUGUCCCCACCUCUUCCUUCUCUUUGCCAACCUCUCGCCUUGCGACAUGCCCAGGGUCUGCGGCCCAGCGGGCAGUGCUUGGAGCCGAGGCAUGAGUGUGUGCGUGUGUGUAUGAGUGUGUGUGUGUGUGUGUGUGUGUGUGUGUAAGUAUGUGUGACGGGGGCAGACGAGGACUCUGGUCUCUCCCUCUCCUCCCACUGUGGGGAGCAUCUCCUUCAGCUUGGCAGGGAGCACAUAAGGGAGACUCCAAGUGUUUCUGGACUCCCCUCGCUGCUGCGUGGACCUGGCGGUGCAGCCAUCUGGCCUGGGGCGUGGGCAGCCCCUUUCCAGCCCUAGUUCUGGUGGCAGGUGGGCUUCCUCCAGUGUGCCUGCUUCUGUCUGCUGGUCCUGGCUGGCCGGCCCCCUGUGGAGGAGGAGUGUGAGGCUCCACCAUUUGGUUAUGUUGGCCUUAGCCUAAGGAGAGGGGAAAAGCAGUGAGUGCCAUGUAUUUGCCAACCUUAUGUUCAUUUCCAUCAGAUUUGGACUGGAGGGGAGGGUUUCCAAGACAGGCCUUAGAAAUCUUCUGCCCGAGGCCCCCCUUUGGACCCUAACUGGGAUCAGAUGCUGGGUCUUGAUCUGGAGCUUCCCAAGUCCUGACCCCUCUCCCCCGCUUCUCACUCCCUCCUCCUGGGCAAACACCUUUCCCCAGUGCUCUGCCCAGCACUGUGCUCCCACUAAGCCCCACACUGCAGCCCCCUCGCUGGCACCUUCCCCAGCAGGCUGCCUGCAGAUGGGACUGGACACCAGGGUCCCAGGUGGAAUUGGAGGGUGAGGGGAGCCUCGUGGGAGAGAGAGAGUGGGGGGCAGAGCCAAACCAAAGUCCAGUGUUGGAAGGCUGCAAGGGGGGUGGGGCUGGGAGCAAGUGAUUAGGAAUGGGGAGAAGAUAGGUGGGACAAAGAGAGUAAGAGACAGGAGAGGAGAGAGGGAGACGGAGAGGUACAGAGACAGAGCAAGGGGAAGGGGGACCCAGAAAGGUACAGAAAUGGAGAAAGGAGAGAGGAUGAGAGUGAACAGAGAGGGGCCGUGAGGGACAGAGAACCUGGGAUGGGAGAGGGGAGGAGGCUGGAAAGAGGAAAGGAGGAAUAGAGACACGGAAGGAGGUAGAUGGCGAGAGGAAUUGUGGGAAACCAGAUGAAUGCAGGAAGAAGUGGAAGGGGAAGGAGAGGAAGAUGAUGGAGGAGACAGGACUCUGAGGAAUGGAGGAGCAGCUGCAUGUGCAGUGAUCAUCCACUGCCCCAGGGGCCACCAGACCCGCUUGCCUUGUGGAGAAUUUAGAGCCUACCCCCUAAGAGGCCGAGGCCUGCGUUCCAGGCAGCCAAGGGACACGGUCUUCAAGCUGGGGGAACAGCCCACGUGAUUGCUGAGCCACUUAGCACCACUGGAGUGGGUUACCGGUAGAGCAGAGGGAGGUUAGCUCCUUCUGGGGUGGUCUGACUGUGUCUUAGUGUCACCGUCCACUCAGCCAGCUGCUGUCUUGACCCAGGAAUUUGGGGUUAGGAAAGCAGGGUUGGGUGGGCUGAAGGAACACCAGGGUAACACAGGGAAGGGGAAGAGGUUAGAGCGGGGACCAAACCGUAGCUCUGUCCCCCAGGCUUCAGCAGAGGUGGGAGCAGAACCGGUAACAGAUGUGUCAGCCAGGGCCCCAGGGGAAGAUGAAUUGUGGCCACACCCGAGGCUCAGAUGUCUCCUGGGGCAAUGAAGCCACCCUGGCUAGAGGUUUGUGCUUUGUUCUUACCUCAGGCAUGCGAUUGGGCUUUAGCCUCCUGGGAGGAGAUGGAAGCAGAGGAGAUGUCUCUUGGACUUCAAGUUCCCGAAAGAAGCUGAGCUUUGAGCCAGCCUCCGAGGUGCUCCUCUGAUUGUGACUGGAUCAGGGAGGUCUGGCACUCCCAUUUUCUCUGCCCUGGUCUGGGGACUCCUUCACAAUAGGCCAAAGCGGCCACAACCUAGACGUGGUUCAGAGCCCUGGCUGGUCAAGUCCCUCUGGGUCCCCAGGCUGUGAAAACUUUCCUUUUUGGGGACCAGUGCCCAUGGAGGAAAACAUUGUUUUCCUAAGAGAAUGAGGACCACAAGUAGGAUCAAGAUCCUUUUCAUGCCCGGAACAGCCAAGAUGUUGGGAGCUAUUAGGAGUAGGUAAGGCUGUGGGGGGAAAUUCCCUGGCUUUCUUUUGAGAUGCCUGCUUGAGCUCAGGGGAAUCCCCCUUCUGCAGCUUCCAGUGUGAACUAAGAAAGGGAGACCCUCUCUUUGGAGAAGCUGGGGUAUUCCCAGCACGAGAAACUUCCACAGGCCCCUGCCUGGAUCAGGGCUAGCCUUUGGGGAGGACUGGAGUUUCCUGAGAAGGGAACGAGGGAGCCACAGUCCUUCCCAGAGCUCUGACCAGCAGACCUCAGAGGGCCUGUGCCAUGUGUUGUUAGGAUAGCUUGGUGUUGUCUAAACCCCAUUAGUAAGUUCUGUCUGAGUGUGUCCAUGCUGUUCAUUGUCCAAUUUGGUAACACUUAUUUCGGUCCUGACCCCUUCUGCUGCUGCUGGAUUUGAGCUUCAGUGCAGGUGGAAUGACGUUCAAAUAAAGAAACACUUUAUAUCACC